UGUUGCUAUAUAUUCUUGAGCCGUAUCGGAAUUCUUUUUAAAACAUUACUGCCGCAAUAUUUCAACUUUUGAAUAGUUAAAAGCGAAGAAUUUAAUUUUUAAAAAAAUAUGUGUAGUAUUGGUGAAGACGAUUUUGGUGAUGAGGGUGGAGCCCAUACAAUGUUGGUCGAUCCAAAAUUGCCGCCCAGCAUCAUCAUAUCCGAUGAAAUUUGCAAGAAAUGCAAUGAACGAAAUGUAGUUGUUAAACUAAAUCUCAAAGAUGCACAGUGCGAAUCGUGUUUCUUCCAGUAUGUUCGUCACAAAUUACGAGCUUCCAUGGGAUCAACGCGAAUUAUUGAACGUGGUGCAAAGGUGUUGUUGGUAUUCGAUGGUACAAUUGAAUCGUGUGUAAUGUUCGAUAUGGUUCGACACGGUAUUACACAAGAGCAAUUUAAAAGAUUAACCAUCCAACCAUAUGCGAUUUAUGUUGACGAUGCUUGCAUAUCGGGUCAAUCGAUAACCGAGCGACAACAACAACUUGACGAAACUUUUAAAAUAAUACCGAAUUUUGGCAUCAAAACUUAUUAUUAUGCAUCAAUUAGCGGUGAGACUUCAAUAAAAACGCAUCAAACUUUUCAACUAGACAAAGAACAACUGCACGCCGAAGAAAAGUUUUUGAAAAAGUUUAAUGCGAUUGGAAAUCAAACUGCAAAAGAAGACUUUCUUAAUUUAACGAAAUUGAACAUUUAUCGAAAAGUUGCCGCACAAAUUGAUUGUAAAUAUGUGUUUGUACCAUCAAUUAGCCAUCAGGUGGCAACGAAUCUGUUGGUGAGCGUUGCAUUGGGUCGUGCCAAAUCGGUUGCCAACGAUAUAUCAUUUUGUGAUAAUCGAUCGAAUUGUGCAGCACAAAUCAUACGACCUAUGCGAAAUAUCAACUCAUUGGAAAUUGAAACAUAUAUCCGGCUAGACGAAACGCUCAAUCGACUAACGCAACAAAGUAAAUGUUUUAACGUGCAAAAUACGAACUCAGCUACAAGCAUUCAAAGUCUAACCAAACAAUUUAUUGACAAUUUACAAGAGAAUUUCGCAUCGACUGUAUCGACAGUAUUUCGUACCGGUGACAAAAUAUCGGCCGCUGCAUCAACAACGUCCCAACACAAAAACAAUGACACCAAACCAAAACAAACAUGCAAAUUUUGUCAUUCAAAUUUAGAUUUUGAACAUUCAGCUACACUGUUUGCCAUUGAGUACUCGCGUUGUGUGUCUGCCUGUGCCGACCAAACCGAAGUCAACGAUAUCGAUUCGAUGUUGAGAAAAGCGGAAAAUCAAGUGCUUGGAUUGAAUGGUGACGGAGAAACUGAAACCCUUAUCAAAUCAUUGUGCCACGGUUGCCGAAAUAUCUUUCGGGAUUUAAACGCGUCGAAUGCUUAUAUUCAAUAAAAACACCAAUACAUAUUUCAUAUACUGUAUAUUUUAUGUGCUUUUGCUUAAAUAAAAAAG